CCCCGCGCCCCGGCCGCACGUCCCCGCGGAGUCCGCCGCCCGCGCCGCAGCUGAGCCGGGCGCCCCACCAUGCCGCGGGCCCCCGCGCCCCUGUACGCCUGCCUCCUCGGGCUCUGCACGCUCGUGCCCCGGCUCCCAGGUCUCAACAUAUGCACUAGUGGAAGUGCCACCUCUUGUGAAGAAUGUCUGCUAAUCCACCCAAAAUGUGCCUGGUGCUCCAAAGAGGACUUCGGCAGCCUGCGGUCGGUCACCUCCCGGUGCGACUUCAAGGCAAACCUGGUCAGGAACGGCUGUGGCGGCGAGUUUGAGAGUCCGGUCAGCAGCACCCAGGUCCUUCGGAGCCUGCCUCUCAGCAGCAAGGGCUCCAGCCCCGCGGGGUCAGACGUCAUCCAGAUGACGCCGCAGGAGGUCACGGUGAACCUGCGGCCCGGUGACAAGACUACCUUCCAGCUGCAGGUUCGACAGGUGGAGGAUUAUCCAGUGGACUUGUACUACCUGAUGGACCUCUCUCUGUCCAUGAAGGAUGACUUGGACAACAUACGGAGCCUGGGCACCAAGCUUGCCGAGGAGAUGAGGAAGCUCACCAGCAACUUCCGCUUGGGGUUUGGGUCUUUUGUAGACAAGAACAUCUCUCCUUUCUCCUACACGGCACCGAGGUACCAGACCAACCCGUGCAUUGGUUACAAGCUAUUCCCAAACUGUGUCCCCUCCUUUGGGUUCCGCCAUCUGCUGCCUCUCACAGACAGAGUGGACAGCUUCAACGAGGAAGUUCGGAAGCAGAGGGUGUCCCGGAACCGCGAUGCCCCCGAGGGCGGCUUUGACGCAGUGCUCCAGGCGGCUGUCUGCAAGGAGAAGAUCGGCUGGCGAAAGGACGCGCUGCACCUGCUGGUGUUCACAACGGACGACGUGCCCCACAUCGCGCUGGACGGAAAGCUGGGGGGCCUGGUGCAGCCUCACGACGGCCAGUGCCACCUGAAUGAGGCCAACGAGUACACUGCCUCCAACCAGAUGGACUAUCCAUCCCUUGCCUUGCUUGGAGAGAAAUUGGCAGAAAACAACAUCAACCUCAUCUUUGCAGUGACAAAGAACCAUUAUAUGCUCUACAAGAAUUUUACAGCCCUGAUACCUGGAACAACGGUGGAGAUAUUACACGGAAAUUCCAAAAAUAUAAUUCAACUGAUUAUCAAUGCAUACAACAGCAUCCGGUCUAAAGUGGAGCUGUCUGUCUGGGAUCAGCCUGAGGAUAUCAAUCUCUUUUUCACUGCUACCUGCCAGGACGGUGUAUCUUACCCUGGUCAGAGGAAGUGUGAAGGCCUGAAGAUCGGGGACACAGCAUCCUUUGAGGUGUCAGUGGAGGCCCGGAGCUGCCCGGGCAAACACGCGCAGCCCAUGUUCACCCUGCGGCCCGUGGGAUUCCGGGACAGCCUGGAGGUGGGGGUCACCUACGACUGCAGGUGCAGCUGCAGCGCGGCACUGGAGCCGGACAGCGCCAGAUGCAGCGGCAACGGGACUUACGUCUGCGGCCUGUGUGAGUGCAACCCCAGCUACCUGGGCACCAGGUGCGAGUGCCAGGAAGGGGAGAGCCAGAGCGGGUACCAGAACUUGUGCCGAGAAGCGGAGGGCAAGCCCCUGUGCAGCGGACGCGGGCAGUGCAGCUGCAACCAGUGCGCCUGCUUCGAGAGCGAGUUUGGGAAGAUCUACGGGCCCUUCUGCGAGUGCGACAACUUCUCCUGUGCCAGGAACAAAGGAGUCCUCUGCUCAGGCCAUGGCGACUGUCACUGCGGAGAAUGCAAAUGCCACGCAGGUUACAUCGGGGACAACUGUAACUGCUCGACAGACAUCAGUACGUGCCAGGCCAGGGAUGGCCAGAUCUGCAGUGACCGCGGGCACUGUGUCUGUGGGCAGUGCCAGUGCACGGAGCCAGGGGCCUUUGGGGAGACGUGUGAGAAGUGCCCGACCUGCCUGGAUGCUUGCAGCACCAAGAGAGACUGUGUUGAGUGCUUGCUGCUUCACUCAGGGAGCUCAGCUGACAACCAGACCUGCCAGAACCUGUGCAAGGAUGAGGUGAUCACACGGGUGGACACCAUCGUGAAAGAUGACCAGGAGGCUGUGCUUUGUUUCUACAAAACUGCCAAGGAUUGUGUGAUGAUGUUCACGUAUGCAGAGCUCCCCAGUGGGAAGUCCAACUUGACAGUCCUCAGGGAGCCAGAGUGUGGAAGUGCCCCCAAUGCCAUGACCAUCCUCCUGGCCGUGGUCGGCAGCAUCAUCCUGAUCGGGCUUGCGCUCCUGGCCAUCUGGAAGCUGCUUGUCACCAUCCACGACCGGAGAGAGUUUGCGAAGUUCCAGAGUGAGCGAUCCAGGGCCCGCUAUGAAAUGGCUUCAAACCCUCUGUACAGAAAGCCCAUCUCCACACACACCGUGGAUUUCACCUUCAACAAGUUCAACAAAUCCUACAAUGGCACAGUGGACUGAUGGCUCCUUCCCCUCAGAGGGCUGGAGCGGCAAGCGGUCAACGGAGACGGACACGCUUUGGACAGCUGCUCGGCUUGAGCACGGUUCCCUGCACGGCCAAGCGCACAGACCUUCCGGUGAGCCUGGGCGAGGAGCCCACACAGGAAGGUGCCCGGCCGUACCACCUGGCCACCCCUCCAAGCCCGGCGACAGCGCUCUAGGCUUCCCUCAGCACCUCCAGCUUGUCCCAAUGAACUGCUGAGAUGCAGGCCGCGUCUCCCUUCCGGGAGGGCUGGGCCUCCAGGCUGGCCGGAUGAGAAGGCUCUCGGGAGUGUCAGAGUGAGUAGAACCCACACAGUCUGGCUUCGCCCCUGUUGAUCAUCUUUAAAUGAACUAAAGUGACCAUGCAUCUCUGGUAUAGUUCCGACUCCUGAGAAUGACCUACCUGGUGUCUCUGCCUUGCACGUGGCUGUUGGUGAUGGGAUUACUGAGACGCCUGUUGAAGGCACGUAGUUUGCAGAUGUCAACUUUCUUCCCCUGUCUGUUUGUUUAGUACUUUUGUAACAAAAAGGAAAGAGAUUUUUUGGGAUUGAAAGUAAAGAUUAAAACCAAAA